AUGAGUAAAUUCGUCGAGGGGUCUGAUUUACCCGAAGAACUGAUCGAUUUCAUAGCCAACCGUCUCUUCUCCAACGUCGAGCUUCUCCGAGUCCGUAGUAUCUGCAAACCAUGGCGUUCUGCGGUUGCGACCAAUAAGAGUUUCCCCAACCGCCACAACCGCAACCGUAGACGCUUACUUGCUCCUUACGCGAAUGGAAAAAUGUGUAGACUCGAUCCCGCAGCUUUCUUCCGUGUGAUUCUGUCGUCAUCUCCGAACAAAGGAUGGCUUAUCAAAACCCAAGAUAUCUCCGACAUCCGCAAAAGACUCAUUUGCCCUCUGUCUCGUGUCUCCAUAGACUACUCCGACCAAACCUUGGAUCUUUUGGAGUUUACCGUCUCAGAGAUCCAUCAAUCGUACGACGUUCAGGAAUGCCGAAAGAAUUCGACUGCAGUAAGAUCAUAUGGUUUCGCUAGAGUUGUUCUCGUGGGAGAUCUUGUUUUCGGUGUCGAUUAUUCCAAGCAAAUCUGGUGGUGCAAUAGUGGAGAAACUAGUAGUAAUGGUGUGUGGACAAGAAUUGCAGAUGAAGAAGCUGAAUAUUUCUCUGAUAUUAUAGUCCACAAAGGUCAAAUCUAUGCAUUGGACCUAAAAGGCGCGAUUUGGUGGAUUAGUUUAUCAGAGCUUCAGAUUUUUCAGUACGGACCUCCAACUCCAAUGGGCUACUACGAGGUUGAUGAUUGCAAAGACAAGAGGUUCAUGGAGUGUUGCGGAGAUCUAUACAUUGUUCAUCGUUUCUGUAAGAGUUUCCUCGUAAAGAGAGGUAAGCAUGUCGAGAGGACCAUUGGCUUUAAGGUUUAUAGGAUGGACGAGGAAUUGGUUGAAUGGGUUCAGGUUAAGUCUUUGGGAGAGACGGCUUUUGUUAUGGCAACGGAUUGUUGUUUCUCUGUAUUGGCUAAAGAGUAUUAUGGAUGUUUGGAGAAUUCCAUCUAUUUCACAGAUGAGGAAGGAACAAACAAUGUUAAAGUGUUCAAGCUUGGUGAUGGUAGUAUUACUACCAUGGUCAACUCUUCUUCCGGGAGCUGCUUUCAGAUGUUUUCUCCUCCUCCUUUUGUAUGA